AGUAUUGUUGAAGUCUUGUGGUUGAUUACUGAUUAGUGUAUAAACGUGUCCAGCCGAAGGAGUCCCGUUAUCCGUGUUGAGGCUCUUUAAAACACUGAAGAAUAAGAGGCAGGAGGAGGAGAGGCUCUUUCCCCUUGAGUAGGACGCCGAGGAGACAGGUGUAGCUGAGCAGGAUGGCAUCACCGUCUGUUGGAGGCAGACCCACCUGUGUGUCCUGGCUGGUGCUGUUCUCCUAUGCUGUGCUUCUGUUCAUUGGAUUGGUGGGCCUGUGGUUGUGGGGCAUCAACUUCGGGUACCAGGAAGCAUCACCGCCAACACCACCACCUGAGAACAUCACUGCCACCACCACCACCACCCCACCUCCCUCAGCAAACAGCUACUACUAUAGAGAGAGGCAUGAGGUCCCCCAGGCAUACAAGGACUAUGUGGACCAGACCACAAUCUUUGCCCAGCUGACCAUCGAUGCAAGGUUCUACUUGGCGCCGCUCUGCCUGGUCUGCCUGGUGGUGGGUGGCUUCAUGCUGCUGGUCGGCCUCUGCUCCAGGCGGCUCUUUGGCUCAACCUGUAGCCUGUACAGCUCCCUGUGUCUGUGGAUCCUGACCCUGGUGAUGGCCAUCAUCUACCAAAACAACCAGUCCUGGAGACCAUUUCCUUCCUUCGCUGACACAACUGUCUGGGUCCUGAGCUACCACCUCCUGCUGCUGUUGUUCCUGCCGCUGCAGAUGCUGCUGUGUGUCUGGGAGCUGCGGCGACAGCAGGCCAAAGACUGGCCCACCCUCAAUUUCCGCAGCAUCUUCACCAUGGAGGCUGUUCUGCUCGCAUCCCGGCUGACUCUCACAGGUUUUACUUUUGCUGUAUUGCUUGACUCCAUGAUGUUCCGAGGCUUUAGGGGCGAGUCAGAUCCCCGUUAUGACAGUUACUAUGAAACUCCUCGCGUCAGGUACCCAAUACAGCUUGCCCUCGUGUGCUUCAGUGCUGCCUGCUUCAACGCUGUGGCCACCAUGGAGACGGCCCUGUCCAUGCUGCUGGGGAAGCUGCAUCGUUUCAUGACCACACUGACGUGCCUGCUCUCAGGGCUGUGCUGCGUCAGCAUUGCCGUCCUCUGCUCCCCGAUCUUUGUCAGGCUCGCCAUCGGACCUUACACCAUGUACCCUGGCACAAUGAAUCGGGCCAUUGGCCUGAGUCUGGUAACCCUCCUGCACUGGCUGGCCCGCCUCAUCUUACCUUCCACACUGAGCACGCCCCGGCGCAUCCUGACCGUGAUCAUGGACAGACUGUCAGAGGUCACGUCCCUCAGUGACAUUGUGGCCAUGAUCCAGACACAAGGGAAUAAAGGGAUGGUGCUCCUCCCCAAGACCAUGAAGAAUAUGAAGUAUGGCAAGCACAUCAAGGUGGCGUCCGUGAUCUUCUCCAUUAUUUCCCUGGCAAUCAUCGGGGUGUCAGCAGGAGACACACCCACCUACAAAAUGUGGGGUCAUGUUAUGGUGCUGUGUGCCAACACCGUGACCAUCUUACGGACACUGCCGCCUCGUGACAGAGUAUUUCCAUCAAGAAAUGGAGAUCAUCCCCGUGAAGCAGAGGCUGUUUGGCUUGGCCGUUGAGACCGUGGCACUGUUUGUGGGCGGCAUCGUGGUGUGCAACACUGCAUUCUUUGGAAUGGGAGUCUUUGGUGGCAUAUUGAACAUUCUCUUCGCUGUGUUCCAGAUGCUUUUCAUGUGGUCCCUGUACAAGGGUAUAUCGCAAAGCCAACCCUGCGAGGACAUGGAACGCUUGACAGAGGGGGAGGAAGCCACCAGCCAGGAGGGAGACCAGACCAGUCCCCCUGAUGCUAUGGCCUGAAGGGUGGUCUGAGGUGUCUGAGGUCCUGAACACUCCACUAUUGUAACCCAAGGAGUGAUUCUCUCUCUCACCUUGUUUUGUCUGCUUUGUCCAAUCUCUUUUAUGUUAUGAUCUUUCUUUCUUCCCUUCCAUUCUCUCGCUCUGCUGCUCCAAUCUUUCUUUCCUCUCUUCCAUUCUCUCUCUCCUCUGUUCCUCCUCUUACUCUUCCUCUGUUCCCAUUCUUCUAGUCUUCAAAAUUUGUCCUCUUUCCUGUAACCUUCUCUUUUUUCCUCUUCUCACCUCUUCUUUCUUUUAAACUUUUUUUCUCCUCCUCUCAUCUCUUACCACCAACUAAACCUACUAUCUUCUCCCUUUCCUAGCCUCCCAGUCCUCGUCUUUCCUCUCACCUCUCCUGUUUUCCUCCUCUCACCUUCUUCCUUUGCUUUGCUUUCAGUCUUUAUUUCUCCUUGUGUCCUCUCCCUCACUAGUCUUCCUUCAUUGCCCUUUUCCUCCUCUUUCCAGUCUGUUCGUGUCCUGAAUGUUUUAAGGUGCUGUCCCUGCUGUGGCCUUACUACUAUGCACUCUACUCUUAUAUACUGCUGCUGUUGCUGAUAAGGAUAGUAUAGCCUCAAUUGACCCCUUAUAUAUUUAGCUUUAUACUGAUAUUACUGGUAAGCAAGGGGCAGCCUAUAUUAAACCCUGUACCAGCUGUCUUUCUACAUAACAUACAUCGUUUCCUAUUGCUAUUACAUAUAGGGACAGCAUAUAUUAAACCCAGAAUAUCUCACAUACACACAUGGCUUUCCACUGCUCUCUAUGUUAUAUGCCUAGCAGCAGCACCACUGAUAGCAAAUAUAAUCAUAUGCCUUCAUAUGCCUCACCCUAGAGAGCAUUUUUGGCUUUAGGUGUUACUUUUAAGAAGUCUAGAGUGAUUUUAUAUAAUGGGGAAAGGUAUUGGUAGGUUUUGUAGCCACUUUGCAUUGGGUACUAAUGGCUGUGGUGUUGGUUUAGCGGUGACCCAGUGGUUCUCAACCUUUUUCUGUCCAUUCCUCCUUCAUGAAUUCUCAAUAUUCGUGUGGACCCCCUUCAUUUUUUUCCCAAAUCCCACCCUGCCAAAAAAGGUUAAAAUAAAUGUUGAAGAGAAUUUUUUUUGCUUUAUUACAAAUUUGGCAUAAUUAUGUAAUUUUGAUAAACUUGAAUUUGGUUGGAAAAAGUUCAGUCAACCUCUGCAUAUUUUAUCACUCAUCAGUGGGAAGGCUGACAUUGUUUAUUUUCAGCCAGUUGACAAAUCCGAGGUUGUGUCACUGACAAUGCACAUCUCAUGUCAGGGUCCACAUCCAGUCGAUUCCGGCUCUUAUUCUUGAUUUGUAGAAGGUGGAGAAACCAGACUCACAUAAAUAUGUACUUGAAAAAGGCAAGAGUAGUCAAAGUGCAAUCUCACUGUCUUUCAGAUAUGACACACUGAACACCAGAAUACAUUCAGAUUCCUAACAUUAUUUAGAAAUGUAUAAUUUGUAUCAGCCCGCCAUGGCCCCCCUAAAUUCUUGCCAUGGUCCCCAGGUUGAGAACCAAACCUAAGAAUGGUCUGACUAGUGUUAUGCGUUCAUACUUAAGUGGUAGGCAAUUAAAUCUCUUCAGAAAUUAUACCAAAGUAUAUUCUAGAUUAAGUAAUCAGAAUUUAAUAUAUUGUGACUUUCCCAAGGCCACAGAAGAUCAGCUGGGUUUUCAUGGGUGAUUUUCACAUCUGUGGUGCAUGGCGGUGUAAAACUGUCGCCACAAUCGCAAAACAGUCCGUGAAAAUCCCAGCUACUUCUACAAGAGGCUUUUUAAAUAGGCGAACUGAGGCGCUGAUGUUUAAGAAUAUGGGCUUUAGAAUGAAAGGAAUUCUCUAAAUUAAUGGGUACAUAAUUAGAUAGCAUUGAGAAUAUAUUUAUUGAAUAUAAAGAGGAUCAUAUUCUUUACUAAAGAGCAUUUAGGAGAAGAAUAUUUUUACUGAAGGGUGUUGAGAGGAGGAUAUUUUUAUUGAAGGGUUUUCCAGAGAAUUUGUACUGAAGAGUAUUCUUUUAUUUGGUAUACAAAUUAGGGAACAUGAAGAGAAAUACAUCUCCUUUUCCAGAGUAUUGCCUUGAGUGGUCCGUGCCUUCACGGCGUUAGGAUAAGUGACCCUUGUGGGACACGUUGCCACAGUAUGUAUUCUCGAGGGCAUUAGGAGAAGAAUGUACUUAGAGCAGCUUUUCCUCGGCUAUGCUUCUGCUGGGCAUUUCUCGGCCCUCCUCCUGCCUGUAUACUGAUGCAGAGGUAUAAAUGUAGUGUUGCAAGAAUCAAACUUUUAUACCCAAAACUCUGGAAUGAUACAAGGUUAUAACUGUGAGGCUUUAAAGACAGCAUUAUGUGGUGCACUGCAUGACUACUUGGUGUACUGAUCAUGCAAAGUAUUGUAAAAUGUGUUGCAAGAAUCAAACUUUUAUACCCAAGACACAGGAAUAGAAUAGGGCUUAUAGAGACGAUGCAUUCAAUGUAACUACUUGGUGUACUGAUCAUACAGAGUAUUGAAAACUGUGUUGCAUGAAUUACAGUUUGAUACCCAAAAUCGUAAUGACGCAAGGGUUAUAACGAUGAGGCUUUCAAGAUAGCUUUACUUUUUUUCAGCAGGGAGGCAGCUCAAGAGCAAAAAAAAAAAAACUACAUGCUGCUCCAACAAAAGAAAACAACUUGCGGCCAGAACAGGAGUCUGUUUUGGGUGGAGAGGUGUUUUCCCCUUCCCCCUUGUCCUCCUCACUUCUAACUCUUCACUCUCCUACAGCCAUCCCUCUUUCUUCCCCUUACUCCCAACUUUCUCAUCUUCCUCCUCCUUAAAUUCCUUCUCUUUUUCUUUCCCCUUGUUUCCCUCUUCCCCAGACCCCUCGUUUUCCUCCCUUCCCUGACCAUGGACUUCUUUUUUUGACCUGUUCCACUUUGUAUCGCUUCAUAGGUCCUCCUCAUUACUUCACACCAUAUUCACUUAGUUACUUCACAGUGGACACUUAUACACUUCACCCUUAACUGAUGUGUUUUGUUAGGAAUUAAGGGUUGUUUAGGGAGGUAUUGGUAGUACGUUAUCAAGAUGAAGCAUUAUUGAUAACUGCUGCAGGCUCCAACCAGUGGUUCAAGGAAGCUCCGAAAGGAAUGAGUUCCCUGCCAAGGUCGCCCGUGAGUAGUUAGCUGUAAACCUUCGCGAUGUUAAGACACCAGAGUCAGCCGUUAGCCUUCAUGGCGAACACAAGCGGUCAUCUGUUAACCUGUGUGCUGACAAGUCAGUUAUAAACUUCGCCGGUGUAACUGUAGUGCGGCGACUUGCUUGAUAGGCGAGCCUCCCAUAAAUCCCUCUGCCAAGGGGGUACCUCUGGCCGACUGGUUAAGGAGUGGCUCUCCCGUCUCGCUGGUCACGGGUUUGAUCCCUGUCACUGGCAAAACCUUUCCCUGACUGGAUUAAUUUCUCGUGUGUUUCGUUAUACGCAGUGGUCGUGUGUAAGUGAAGUAAAGAGACGUGUGUUUCGUUACACACAUUGGUCAUGUGUGAGUGUAGUAAAGAGACGUGUGUUUCGUUACACACAUUGGUCGUGUGCGAGUGUAGUAAAGAGACGUGUUUCGUUAUACGCAGUGGUCGUGUGUGAGUGUAGUAAAGAGACAUGUGUUUUGUUACACGCAGUGGUCGUGUAUGAGUGUAGUAAAGAGAAAAAUUCAGGCAUUUCAGUGGUGGCAGCGGUGGGCAUCCUCUCCUGUGAUUCUGUUGUCACCCCGAGUGGGUAACAGGUUGAGUGAUGGCCCAUGCUCUCUGAAGUUUAUAGAAAAUGGGAAAUCUCAACACACAGAAAUUAAUCUAAAUAGGGAUGGGGAGCCGUGUAGUGCGGCGACUUGCUUGAUGGGAGUGGCUCUCCAAUCUUGCUGGUCGCAGGUUCAAUCCCUGGCAUGGGCAAAACCUUUCCUUGUCUGAAUUCAUUUAUUGUGUGUCAUUUCACGCAGAGGUCGUGUGUGAGUGUAGUAAAGAGAAAAUUCUGGCAUUUCAUAACCACCUAUUAGCAGUUGCCUUAGUGGCAUCACAUACACCAGGCUACUUCAAGUUUGACUCGGCAGCACACAGCUAAAAUACUACUACUACUACUACAUUAACUACGAUCUACAAGCAGUGGCGUAACACCCAUAGUACUGGGGUGGACAAAGUCCAAGGGCCUCGGAGGUCCUGGGACGAGAGAGAGAGAGAGAGAGAGGCGGAUUUACAUGGAGGCUGCAGCCUCAGUAUUCAGGGGGCCCCCGAUGAGGCAGUGAUUAAAAAACAAAUAAAUUAUUAAAAUAAAUAAAACCAACAAGAAUAA